UUUUCCCUCAUCGCGUCCGACAGAAAGUUGAGACCGAAGAGAGGAAGAGAAGAGUCUCGAGCACAAACCCACAGAAGAGAAGAGACCAUGGCGCUGCGGGACGAGCUGUUGAAGUCCAUCUGGCACGCGUUCACAUCUCUGGAUGUGGACAAAAGCGGGAAAGUCUCCAAAUCUCAGCUGAAGGUGCUGUCCCACAACUUAUGCACAGUGAUGAAGAUCCCACAUGACCCGGUGGCUCUGGAGGAGCACUUCAAAGACGACGACGAGGGUCCCGUCUCCAACCAGGGCUACAUGCCCUACCUGAACAAGUUCAUCCUGGAUAAGGUGACGGGUAACUUUGACCUUCACGACUUCAACAAAAUGUGCUGGACGUUGAGCAACAGGAAGAAUCUUGAUCAAAGCCAGCUGCUCAUCUCCACCGACGACGCCUUCAAGAUCUGGUGCAUCUUCAACUUCCUGUCCGAGGACCGAUACCCGCUGACCGUCAUCACUGAGGAGAUUGAGUACUUCCUGCGUAAGCUGACGGAUGCGAUCGGGGGCAGCUGGGUGGAGGAGCGCUUCGAGGACUACAAGCUGCAGCUGAAUAUGAAGCAGCAGAGUCUGAACGCCUGGGAGCUCAUCACCCUGGUGGGGUCGGGUCACUUCAGCAAGGGCAUCGACCGCCAGGCGCUCUCCAUGGGCGUCAACGAGGUCUACCAGGAGCUCAUCGUGGACGUGCUCAAACAGGGCUACAUGAUGAAGAAAGGUCACAAGAGGAAGAACUGGACGGAGCGCUGGUUCAUGCUGAAGCCAAACUCCAUCUCUUACUACGUCGGCGAGGACCUGGCAGAUCAGAAAGGAGAUAUUUUACUGGACGGAAACUGCAGCGCGGAGCCGCUACCAGAUAAAGACGGAAAGAAGUGUCUCUUCUUCAUCAAGUCGUCACAUAAGAGCUUUGAAAUCAGCGCGUCGGACAAGAAGAGGAAGCACGAGUGGAUUCUGGCCAUUCAGACCUGCGUGAGUCUGCUGCGUCAGGGCCGGCCGGCGCCGCACCGCGAGGCUCGGCAGAAGCGGCGGGAGCUUCGUCUGAAGCAGCAGGCCGAGCAGGAGGAACUGGAGCUCAGGAUGAACGAGCUGCAGUUGGCCAAUGAGGCGAAACAGCUGGAACUGGAGGACAUGAGGAAGGCUCUGGAGGAGGCGGCGACUAAUGCAGCAGAAGAAGAACAAAGGCGCCUUCAGACCCAAACUGAACUCCAGGACCGCUACAAGAUGGACCUGGAGAGAGAGAAAACGGUACGGAAGAAGAUGGAGGAGCAGGUGGCCCAGAAGUCCACGGAGCUGGAGCAGUACCUGCAGCGGGUCCGAGAGCUGGAGGACAUGUACCGUCAGCUGGAGGACGCUCUGGAGGACGAGAAGCGCGCCAGACAGGAGGAGGAGGCCGUCCGCAGGCUGCAGGCACGGUUACUGGAGGAGGAGGCCACAAAGAGGGUCGAGUUGGAGGAGUUCCACCUGCGGCAGCAGCGCACCAUCUCGGAGACGGAGGCCGAGAAACAGGAGCUGGAGAAGGAGCGUCUGGCCAAGGAGAGCGCCCUGCAGGCAGCCAUGAAACAGCUGGAUCAGCUGGAACAAGAGAGGCAGGGGGCGGUGGAGCAGUACCAGAUGGUGAUGAAGAAGCUGGAAGACGCAACCAACAACACCAAGACCUGGAAGCACAAGGUGGCUGAACACGAGGGCAUGUUACGGCUGAUUCAACCAGGUUCCAAGGGACAGCAGAUGAUCACCAAUUGGGGUCCUGCAGCCUUUUCUGAUGCAGAGCUCAGUCUGAGGCAGAAGAAAUGGCAGGAGAUGAAGAACCAGACGACCCAGGCCCAGUAGAGCCGCCGUUAGCCCUGAACCUUAAACAUGUCUACGACUCAAAGAGAAAACGGGACAGGGGCUGCUGGGAUAUACUGUAUGUGAUACAGCAUGUCUGAGUAGUGACUGGAAAAUGUAACAGGCUAAUAUGAGGCAUUUUAUAAUAAAGGGGCAUUAAAUAAUCAAUGACCUUUAUCCCUUUUGUAGACAACCAUAGAUUAAAAGGAGCAGAACAGAAACUCCAGUCACGUUUUCACAAUAUAAGGAUAAAGUUCACUAACUCUAGCAGGGAUCCUACAAAAAUACCAAGUGAAGAAAUGAUAACCAAGACACCAGCUGGAGUAAUUAAAGCUUUGUUAUUAAUCGUCACGUCAGUCGCUUGGUCUUGUAUGAUUGAGACGCUAAAACUGUUUUGUUGGUAGUGUGUUCAAAGGGUUCUCUUUUCCAAAAUGGUGUACAGGACGUAACAUUUGGGUCAUUAAUAUUGAUCCAUCAACCACCACAGAUAAAGUAUAUUAAAGUAAUUUGGGCUGCUGAGCAGGCAAUAUUAAUUUCUCAGAAGUUAAGCAUUAAUCCAACAUUUACCAAGUACUAAUGAUACACCAGUACAAACAACAGUACAAUGGAACGUACAGGAACGGGAUGAAUUUUGAAAGAUGACUCCAUCAACUUUAGACCGUCUGGGCUUCUGUAGGAACACGGCUAAAUUCAAUCUGUUGACUUUACGAUGUGCAGGUUAUUACAAGUCACGAGUGGAACACCACUACCUUUAUCAUUUUGUCCUGACUGUGGAUUUUGUAUCUAUGAAAUGCACUACUUUUAACCAGAGUCAAUGCCAACUGCUUGAGCAUGUUUUAGGUUCAUGUAUUAAGUUGUAAUAUAAACGUGAGCUACUGAAACUGCUUCGAACUCUUCUCAUUGCUGUGGCUGUAUCCUUCUUGGGGAAAACGUUGGGACAUUUCUACAUGAAAAUAUAAAUAUAAGGGAUUUCUGUACAUAUAUUAACAAUGAUUUUUUUUGUUCUCCUCACUAAAGUUAGGCUGCAUGAAGGCAGCAUCAGUAACAUCUGAGGAUGACAUGUAAUGGAGUCCAUGAUGUCUAACAAACCUGUGUUUUAUGUACGACUCACUAAACAUUUUCUCAUCAUGAAGGUAUCUUUUCCUCCGGUUUGUCCGGCCUAGAGUUCUAUCCGUCUAAAGAACUGCCUCUUAAACAUUUCCUGCUUGUAAAUUACUGUCACAAAUGGAGCAUUUGGCCAAAAUCUCACCCACAAACAAGAAUGCUAACUGCAGAACAUUUGUCCCGUGUGUUGUUGUGCUGUAACCAUCAGUGCCUUUGAUACUGUCGUGAGUGAACGUUGUGAUUUCUAUAUUGUGUUUUUAUAUAUAAAUGUUAAAAUCUAAAAGAGUAAAACACAUCUUGAAUAACUGGC